AUUGGUGCAGACGGCAGUCUUGCGCGGUGACGCCACGAGCCGGCGGCGUUGGUAUAAGAGCGCGGCGCGGCGUGCGUACUCCUCUUUCUGUAUCACAGCCGGCGUGCAGGCGCUGACGGCUUAGGGGAGCCAACAUGCCGGUGGCCAGGAGCUGGGUUUGUCGCAAGACCUAUGUCACCCCGCGGAGACCCUUCGAGAAAUCCCGUCUCGACCAGGAGUUGAAGUUAAUCGGCGAGUAUGGGCUCCGGAAUAAGCGUGAAGUCUGGAGGGUCAAGUUCACCCUGGCUAAGAUCCGCAAGGCUGCCCGGGAGCUGCUGACUCUGGACGAAAAGGACCCACGGCGUCUGUUCGAAGGUAAUGCCUUACUGCGUCGGCUUGUUCGCAUCGGGGUGCUAGAUGAGGGCAAAAUGAAGCUGGAUUACAUCCUGGGCUUGAAGAUAGAGGAUUUCUUGGAGAGGCGCCUGCAGACUCAGGUCUUCAAACUGGGCCUGGCCAAAUCCAUCCACCACGCCCGUGUGCUCAUCCGCCAGCGCCAUAUCAGGGUUCGCAAGCAGGUGGUAAACAUCCCAUCCUUCAUCGUGCGCCUGGACUCCCAGAAACACAUUGACUUCUCCCUCCGUUCUCCCUAUGGGGGAGGCCGCCCAGGCCGUGUGAAGAGGAAGAAUGCCAAGAAGGGCCAGGGCGGGGCUGGAGCCGGGGAUGACGAGGAGGAAGAUUGAGCCCAUACUGGCCUGGGCUGGAUGAUGGUUUAGUUUUCCAGUCAAUAAAACACGAUCAACA